AAGCUAGAGAGGAGCCACUGCAGCUGCUGCUGAGUGCAAGGCAGGGGGGAAACACAGAGCCUAGCCGCCUUCCGCAGCCUGGCUGGAGGAGGAGAGGGAGAGAAACAACCAACAGAUGUGACAGGUCACCAAAAGAACCAGAAAGCAACACAUCAUAAACUCAACCACACUUGUAAACAAGAGUGCAUUACCAGGAUACUGACAGCUGCCCUGAUUUCUCCUCUGUGACCUUGAGCAAAAGAUGUGUGAAACAAAGAACUCAACAGAGGCUCACCCAAUCCCGCUAGGGAUGGCCCUGGGAAGCAUCUCACUGAUCACAGUCAUCAUGAAUAUUUUGGUCCUAUAUGCAGUGAAAACAGAAAGAAAGCUGCAUACAGUUGGGAACCUGUACAUUGUCAGCCUAUCAGUCGCGGACCUUAUAGUUGGUGCAGCUGUUAUGCCGCUGAACAUUAUGUACCUACUGAAGCACAGAUGGGUACUGGGCAGACCAGCCUGUCAGUUCUGGCUCUCAAUGGAUUAUGUAGCCUCCACAGCCUCCAUCUUCAACCUUUUUAUACUGUGCCUAGAUCGUUACCGUUCAGUUCAGCAGCCACUCAAGUAUCUCAAGUACCGGACCAAAAGUAGAGCUUUGGUAAUGAUUUCUGGAGCUUGGCUGAUUUCUUUUCUGUGGAUCAUACCGAUUCUAGGCUGGCGUACUUUUACCAAUGAUAGGGAACAGCAAGUGGAAGAAGGGACCUGUGAAACAGAGUUCUCCACAGUCACCUGGUUUAAAGUGUUGACAGCCAUUGCCAACUUCUAUGUCCCAUCUUUACUGAUGUUAUGGUUCUAUGCAAAAAUAUACAAGGCUGUCCGGAAACACUGUCAGCACCGAGAGCUAAUCAAUGGAUCGUUUCGGUCUUUCUCAGAAAGCAAAAGUAUACAUCGUGAUAAGGUGCAGGAAAAGCAAACCAUUUGCCACCAAAAGCCAAAUAAAGAUAUAAACACGGAUCUUUUGAAAGGAAGCUCUGUAGACCCUUGCUGCAAUGUACAUCUCUACUUCCCUCAGUCCAAAAGUAUGGGGGCGAAGCUUGAACUCAGCAGCUUUGACAAACCCCCAAAGGCUCUCAUUACGGAAGGUGACAGCAAGGUAGUAAAACUGAGCUGUUUUCCCCUUGCCAUUGCCAAGACUCAGCUAGGACCAGACAAAGUGGGAAUGAAGUAUGUGCCUGUCAAGAAGGGGUCUUGCUCACAGACUCCAGAGUUAAGUGACACAUCAGGUGAGCACACUUUCAUUGAGGCCUCCUGUAAAAAUGACUCCGAUCUCACCCUGAUCCCAGCAACUUCUAGUGCUGAGGAAAAGACUAACAAAGACUCUGCAGGCCUCAAUUACCUGAAGAGCACCUGGCGGAGACUGCGCACCCAGUCCAUGCAAGGGGUACAUGUGAACAGGGAGAGGAAAGCAGCCAAGCAGCUGGGUUUCAUAAUGGCAGCCUUUAUGGUGUGCUGGAUUCCCUAUUUUGUGCUGUUUAUGGUAAUAGCCUAUUGUCAAAGCUGUUGCAACUACAGUUUCCAUAUGUUCACUAUUUGGCUUGGUUAUGUGAACUCCACUUUAAAUCCAUUCAUCUAUCCCCUCUGUAACGAGAACUUCAAGAAGACGUUCAAAAAGAUCUUUCAUAUUCACUCAUAAUACCUCAUCAGGCUGUUUUUAUUUGGGGUGGAAAAAAAAGUGAAUCCAUGAUUUUUCAAAGAAAGAAAACUUUCCAGUUUCAAAGGAAAUUAUGAAUGAGGUAGAAGGCUUUAAAAAUGUAAUCCGUAGAACUAUCAUGUGAAAACAGGAAACACAUAUUUACAUGACAAAUAAGAGCUUUAAAGUUCAAAGUAUUUAAAGGGGAACUGGCUUUGACAAGGAUUCCUGAAAACUCAGGGCUCAGUCUCAGGACUGCUAUGCUAA